CACAACUCACGAAAAGAAAAUUUCCCCUCAAUCUUGCGAAGAGUCUCAAAACCAAAAACCCUCCAUUCUCUCUCUCAACAUCUCUUUCUCUCUCUAGUUCGUGGACUCGCUGUGUUCUCCGAAGAGGAGGAGGUGAAGAAGAAGGGGAAGCAAGUAGGAAUGGAGUCGACGGAGUCAUCUUACGUUUCGUCUCCGGAGGCGCCGAGGAAGCGGUCUCCGCCGCCGCCUAAAUCACCUACCGCCGCAGAGUCUAUGGAGAGGCCUGCAUACAUUAAGUUUCUUGUAUCAAAUGCUGCAGCUGGUUCUGUUAUUGGAAAGGGUGGGGCAACAAUCACUGAUUUUCAAUCAAAAUCUGGUGCGCGAAUUCAGUUGUCCCGCAAUCAUGAGUUUUUCCCUGGAACAACCGAUAGGAUCAUUAUGAUAUCUGGAGCAAUUAAUGAAAUUAUCAAGGCAAUGGAACUUGUUCUAGCGAAAUUACUGAGUGAGCUCCAAACUGAAGAAGAAAAUGAUGUUGAUCCACGAAAAAAAUUGAGACUAGUUGUUCCAAACGGUUCUUGUGGAGGCAUAAUUGGGAAGGGAGGGUCCACCAUAAAGUCAUUUAUUGAAGAAUCCCAAGCGGGCAUCAAGAUAUCUCCUCAGGACAAUAAUUAUCUUGGGAUAAAUGAUAGGCUAGUAACACUGACAGGAACUUUGGACGAACAGAUGCGAGCAAUUGAUCUGAUUCUUUCUAAGUUGGCUGAAGACCCUCAUUACACACAGUCCAUGAAUGCCCCAUUUUCAUACCCUGGUGUUUUCUCAGGUAUUCAUGGUACUCCAUAUCCACAUGUGCUUCCUUCUGUUGCAACAGCAUCAUACAAUCAAACGGGCUAUGGACCAAAUGGCGCUGGAGGAAAGUUUCAGAAUAACAAGGAGGAUCGGAGUAACUCGGUAACUAUUGGCGUUGCAGAUGGACACAUUGGAUUCGUUGUUGGUCGUGGUGGAAGGAAUAUCAUGGAGAUCAGUCAGGCGAGUGGUGCUAGAAUAAAGAUAUCGGAUAGAGGCGAUUUCUUGUCUGGAACAACAGAUAGGAAAGUCACAAUCACGGGUUCCCAGAGGGCAAUCUGCGCAGCCGAGUCGAUGAUAAUGCAGAAGGUAGCCUAUGCUUCCGAGAGGAUAGCGGAGGAUUAAUUCCCAAGUAUUGCAAUUCAUUCUUUUUGGAAUGUUUUUGGUGGGCCUGCUUACAACAUUUCAUAUACAGUUGGUUAUUUAAAUGCGUCCACUUAACGUCCUCACAUGUGAUAAAUUAGUCAAAAAAAAAAAAAAGAAAAAAAGGUCAGAAUACCUGUUGUAGGGGCGAGAAGGAAAUUUUCUUUAUUUUUUUUUUUUAAUUGUCGACGGAGAGCAAUUUUUCAAACUUGUAUGAGAUCAGGGUCUAAAUUUCAGAAAACCAAAAAGUUGGAAAGAGGGCAUUAUUAGUUGACCAAAUAGAAUGUUUAGAGUUAUUUAUUUGUUUAUUCAGUUGUAACUUCUGAAAGUGGCAGGUUUGUCUGAUUUAAUAUUAUAUCUUCAUUGAACAGUUUUAUUGACGUUAAUAUUUUUGAGGAUUCCGAAGGAACAAGAUUUCAGCAUUCAUUUACUCGAAA